CACGUGAUUUGAGGUGCGGUUGUUUUGACUUUUCUCUCCAGUUCAGUGCUCAUUAGCGGUCACCGUUGUCAUUGUUUGGACGAGCACGACGGCACGAUGAGUUUCAAUCUUAGCGAUGCAAUGGGCGGCGGUGAGGAAAAGAUGACAAAGACGCAGGCAAAAACAGACGAGAUCAGCUGGCCUUGGAGUAAGAAGAGUGACGACAAGAGUGGCGGCAAGGCCAAAUCCGGUGACAAGUCUAAGUCAUCAGAUAAAAAGACGAAAAGCAAGGACGGAAAGAGUAGUGGAGACAAGGAUGGAAAGAAAAAGGACCAUAAAGUUGGAAAGAAAAAGGAUGGACACAGGUCAAACACUUCCAGCUCAUCCUCUUCCUCCAGCAGCAGCAGCAGCGAUGAGGGCUGAGGCUUCCCGGUGGGAAAAUCUGGUGUGCGAGCAAUUUGCAUGUUUUGACCAGAAGGUGGCAUUGUUUGGGGGGGGGGUGGGGGCAAUCAGAAGUCUGUAAUUCAUGGUAUUUGUUCCCAAUCAGAUAUUAUCAUGUAUGAAAUUAAAUCAUUAUUGAAAAUAUUUUUCCAGUUACCGGUAUUUAAAAUGCUGCUUUUUGGCCAGAGUGGAUGUUUUUUCCCCCUCUUUUAAAAAUAAAUCUGCAGACCCGAGAAAUUAUGCAAAAGCUUAAAGUAAACAUCAUACAUGACAUAAAAAAGUCUAUUCAUUCAGAUGACAUUAUAUAUAACUCAACUGAAUUUUAAGGAUCAGCCGGUCUUUUGAAUCUAUCGUGGAGAUUAAUUAUUAAUUAGAUCUAUCAAUCUAAUUAAUAUCAAAUACAAUAUCUACUAUUAUACAUACAUACAUACAUAGUAUUUUCUAUGGCUGUUUCUCUACUAUGUAUCCUCAUUAAGUAGAAGCUAUCCCAACAGAUUGUGGGAAUAGGCAUGUUGCACCCUUGACUGGUUGCUAGCCAAUCGCAGGGCACAUGCAUGCAAACCGCCAUUGAUACUCGCAUUCCUAUCUAUGGACAAUUUAGAACACGGGGCCCCAACAUGGGGCCUGUGGGGCAAUUACGUAAUAUAAGUUGCCAGAUUUGUAGUAAAUUGAAGUAAAGUUUUCAAUUAAGAUAUGUAAGACUUCAAAUCUGCUCGUUAUGAUGAUGAUCGAGCAACAUAUGCUUCGAAAUAAGAGUUCACCCCCCCAAAAAAAAGGAAGCAUCUGUGUCCUUUCGGCUCAAUCUUGCUACCAGACUUCUACGUCGCGCCCCAGUAACCACGAUUCAAAUUAUGGUUUGUUUCACUGCGUUUGUGUCCCACUAUUGCCAGAGUAUGAAGCUAUCGACGCAAUACUUUUGUGCCGAGAGGUAUCACAUUAUUGUUUUAUUUGCCUUGUCUUUUAAAAUUGCUUUACUUCCUCAUAUCACCAUCAGUGACAUAAAAACCUUGUGCAGACACUUUUCCGAA